AUAUGAUUCAUGAUAGUUUGGUUUCUUUAUUGGUUCAUAGUUUUUGGUUUUGAUUGUGUUAUUUCUACGUUUCGGAUCAAAUUCUAUGAUCUUUUAUCAAGAAAUAAGAACAAAGAAGAAAAUUGUGAUAUCUUUUUAUAGAUAUAGAUUUCAUGAUAUAUUGAUUCUUUGUAUAGUUUAUAUGAUCGAUGGUAUAUUGAUUUCUUGAUAAAAGAUAUAGAAAUGGCAAUAGAUGAGAUGGUGAGAAAAGGGAGUAAGCCUGUGAUUUCAAUCAAGAAGCGUCUUUGGAGUGUGUUGAGAAUCGUAAUCUUUAUGGCUAGAAGAGGGGUUUUGAAACACAGAAGAUUGCUUAAGGUGGUUGGGAAGAAUUUGGGUGGGAGCCUGAUGUUUCAUCAGAGCUCUACUAAAAAUGCUCUGGGUGUUAAGCAAUAUGAAUUUUCAUGCAGCAACAGCCCUGAAAAUCCUGGCUUUCGUUUCAAGAAGAGGAAGCAGCUGCACCAUUACUUGCCUUCUUUGUCUAUUCCUUGCAUGCAUGCACACCCACAAGAAGAAGAAGAAGAAAUGGAGGAAUUGAACAGUAAUAGAUAUAGUGUGGGUCCAGUGCUAUUGGACAUGAGUAAAGAGUACAUAACCAGAGACAAUCUUGAGGCCUGUCAGUUUAAUGGUGUUAAUGAAGAAUUUUGUUGCAGUGGUCAUUUGCAGACAUUUGAGGACUGGAAAACAGCCUGUUCCUCAUCACUGCACAGUAGUUCAAGGUGGUCUAUUCGUGAAGGUGAAGAAGGGGUGCAUCAAGUGGACAAAAAAGCAGAGGAGUUCAUUGCAAAGUUCUACAAUGAAAUGGAAUUGGAGAGGCAGUUUUCUUUCUGUCAGUACAGGGAGAUGCUUGCUAGAGGUGCCAGUUAAGUUUUGCUUUUGAGGAAAAAUGUUCCUUAAGCAAGCCAGUAGAGGCUUUUCUCAAUGCCAUAUAAUUCAAGGGGGAAUAUAUUUUGUUGCUUCUCCUUUGAAUCUAGUAAAUGUUAUGUAGAUGCAUUUCUCAAUGCCAUAUAAUUCAAGGGGGAAUAGAUUUUGUUGCUUCUCCUUUGAAUCUAGUCAAUUGGAUGGAUUGUUGUUUCCAUUCAAUGAAAUGUAUAGGAACUCUGCAUGUUAAGUUUCUUUAAUCUAGAUCCAGGUAUGAUGAGGUUGUAAAGCUGUUUUGGCCUCCUUAAUAAAAAGUAAUAGAACUUUUUGAAAUUUGUGUUUU